AUGCCUCUAAGAAGAGCUAUGAGAGAUGGGUUGCAGUCUGAAGUGGUAGACCAGUCCGGAAGCGAAGAUUUUUUCAAUGACGUAGCUGGGGCUAUGAUGGAGGACUCAAACAGUUCAAAAGAAAUUGGUCAGUUUGGUUGCAUGAAUAGGGUGGCGCUGCAGAGUGAAUUUGAGAAAUCAGACGAGCUAAUGUUUCCACCGAUGCACCUUCGGCUGACUGGGUAUCGCGGGUGUAAAUGA